UUUAAUUCGUCAGGACGAGAGCAAACAAUAAUUGUGUGACCGAUAAACAGUUUUGACAUAAAAUUAUAUCCAAAACGAUUUUUAGUAAACUAUAGUUUGCUCUAGGUAUCUCCACGAAAACGAAAGUGACAAUGAAAACGCUCUUUCACAGUCAUAGUAAAAACCGACGAUGCAACCAAAUUUUUGACACCCGACCCUAUCCGGACCACUAUUAAACAUCUUCGAUCGUAUCGUGUACCGAACUCAUAAGAUUUUGUAGGCCCGCCAUUUUCCUACGGCAAAUCAAACUUGUUGCGGUUUAAUGACAACUGCUGAUAACCUGGGUUCAUGCUGUUGAUAACAGCUAUGCUCGUAACCGGCAUAUACAUAAACAACGCACAGCCGCCGUUUGGCGUCGGUGAACGCUGAGCGGGAAGGGAGUUGGCGAGACGCGAACAAGCGUCCUGCGUCAUAGCCGUCAAACACACGCGCAGUACGCACUACUCAGUUUCGGUCGACAACUUGUCGAUUUUCAGUAUUGUUUUAUUGUCAUUUUUCAACGUACCGCUCUCGUUUGGCGUUUCAUUUUUGAAUAGUUCCCCUUGACGAGUGUUGGAUCGACUGCACGGACGCUAAUUUUUGUGGUCGUCAUUUUUCAAGGUAACCGUCAACUGUAUCACAGCGUCUGAGGUUAUCAGAAUAAGACUAAGUAGUAAAAAUGGAAGGUAAAAUACUUGACCAGGAAACCACUGCUGACUACAAUUCAGCCAAAGAACCAAUCCCUAAUACAAAAUCGAAGCGCAAAUACGAUAUAAUCAUUUUUGGCGCUUCGGGAUUCACUGGACAAUUAGUUGUUAUGGAAAUGGGACAUCUUUCUCAAACAUACAAUUUAACAUGGGCAGUUGCUGGGCGUAACACUGAUAAAUUACAAAACGUACUGGAUAAAAUGUAUAAAACUCUUGAUGGUUAUGAAGAUAAAAAAGUUGAUAUUAUUUAUGCCGAUGUAAAAGAUAUUAAAACUGUAAUGAGAAUGGCUCAAACAACUUCUGUGGUUAUAAAUUGUAUUGGACCAUUUUAUAUAUAUGGAGAAGUUGUAGUCAAAUCUUGUGUCUUGACAUCUACUCAUUAUGUAGAUAUAUCUGAUGAAUCAUUAUUUAUGGAGAAAAUGGCAUAUAUGUAUAAUAGACAAGCUGAAGAAAACAAUUCAAUAAUUGUUAGUGCUCUUGGUAUUGAAAGUGUACCGGCUGACCUUGGUGUAGAAUUUUUAUACAACAAUUUUAGUGGUCAAUUGAAGAAUGUUGACAUGUACAUGAAUCUUUAUAGCAGUUCAUUCAUGUUAACUUAUAGUGCACUUAUACAUGAGGGUACUUGGAUAAGUGGUAUAUUGCAUUUUGCUACUGCAAAACAAAGAUUGUACUACCGAAAUCUGUUAGAUGAGUUAAUGGGAAUAACUAGAGUAGAACCAAAUAUUUCCAAGAUAUUGCAUAGACAGCAAAUCAGUAUGCGAAAUGAUGCCAAACAAUGGUGCUUGGCUUUUCCAGAACCGGAUCAAGCUGUUGUUGCUCGAUCAAUUCACCAUGCCAAAACUAAGGAUAAUUUACCUUAUAAUUUUGAAGUUCGAAACUAUGUGGUUAUGGGAGAUUUGUUUUCGGCUAUAAUUGGUUUAUUUGUGUUUGUUUUAUUGUCAAUCAUGACUGCAAUUGAACCUAUUAGAAUUCUCCUUGUUCGAUUUCCAAAAUUGUUUUCAUGUGGCCUUGCAACAAAAACUGGUCCAACUAAAAAAAUAAUGGAAAAUGGACGCAUGUCAUUAACUUUGAUUGGUCGUGGGACAACAUCUGUCAAUUAUUCUAAUGCUAAUCUUAAGAAAAUUUCACAUAAAGAUAAUACCACUACAAGAAAAACUAUUGUUCAAGUCAAUGCUAAAAAUCCAGCUUAUGGAUUUACUAGUAAAGCUGUUGUCUUGGGAGCAAUAACUAUAAUAAAAGAUCAUAUUAAUAUUCCUAAAGGGGGUGUUUUAACACCAGCUGCUGCAUUCCGUAAUUCUCAAUUUGUGAAUCGUUUAAUUAAUCAUGAUGCCGCGGCUUUUGAAGUUGAGUCUGACUUGAUUACUUACGGACAACAAUCAACAUCAGUUUAAAUCUACUGUCACCUACUUAGUUGUUUUUAGUCUUUUGAUAUAUGUUCAAGAUUUAUUCCAUUAUAUUAUAUAUCUUCGAUAGUGUUUAAAUUUAAUUUUCUCUAUUUUAUAUGUGAUUUUUUACUUUAUAAGUUUUAAGUAGCUCAUUUGUCUAACAAUAAGUACAAUAUUAAACGGUUUUAGUUACUUUAUGUUUAUAAACACUAUCAUAGGCAGUAUUAGACCCUCUAGCAAAGAGGGUCAGAAAAUAUUUUAACUGUUUAUAUUAUUAAAUUAGUCCAUAUUUUUAGGCAAGUACUUAAUAAUUACUUUUAAAAAAAAUAGCAUAUAUUUAUUUAUUUAAUUAUCUCAUAACUCCAUGUGUCCUUUAUCAUCUGGAUCAUUGUCACCUAAAUUAUUUAGUACAAUUAAUUUGGUUGGCAGAAAAAAGUCCUCAAAAAAAAUUAAUUUUAAAUGUGAAGACAUGUACCUUUACUCUACUUUUAAUUAGUAAUUAAUAAUUCAUAUAUUAUUUUAGCCAAUAUAGGCAAUUUUAUAUUCAAAGACUCAAUUAAUAAGAAACUUUUUCUUACCUAUUUAUUCAAUGAAAAUUUUCAAAUAUAAAUAAUUUUAUGUCUGAAUAUGGUUUAUGUUUCACUAUUAAUUGUAUAUAAAAAAACUUUGAAUAGAAAAAAAAAUGUUAACAUAAAUUUGAACUCAUCUAUACAUAAUAUACAUAUUAUAGUGUUCAGUUAUAAGUAAAAAAACAUCUUAGGUAUUUCUACACUACAUUUCUACAAAAAUUUCACGUCAUAAUAAUUUAUGAUAUUAUUUUCAUUAAAAUAUAUUAUAUUUUGUUAUAGGUACAUGUGUUCACAUUUAUAAUUAAUUUUUUUUCUGGGCUUUUUCCAUGGUCUUAUUUUCUGCGAUUCAUUAUGUAUGCUUGUGAACCAGUGUAUGUUACAGCAACAAAUUUUGUAUUGAAAAUACAAUAAAAAUAGACAUUUUUAGAGUUAGAAAACUAAGAUUCAAGGAACUUAACACAAUUUGCCUUCUUUCCCCCCCCUCCACACUAUAAUACCGCCUAUGAUCACUAUGUAUUUUAUUUCAUACACUCACUUUUAAAAAAUAAUAUACAUGUAGUAGUAUAGUAUGACUGAAG